AUGGAAGGAACGAGCAAUGUUUUGGAAACUGAAGAGAUAGUCCUGUUGGUCAAAACGCUGCAAUCUUUGAAUGGUCUGCGAGAAGUAAUAGUAAAAAAUCUUGAAAGUGGUCUUCGAAAUGAUGCUCCUGAUGCUGCAAUAGCAAUGCGCCAAAAGUGGCGUCUGUGUGAGAUUGGCCUUGAGGACUAUGCAUUCGUUCUUUUGAGCAGAACAAGGGCCCGAGAAACUUUAGCGAGAAUUACGACUGAAGCAACUUUUACGAAGUUUCUGAAUGCAAUAGAAGCUAGGGGAGGAGCUCACUUUCUUGCAAAGAAUGUGGAGUUAAUGAAUGUGAACCCUUGGAAUGAUCCCAUUGGUGCUCUAAUUCUUGGCAUUCGUCAGCUUAGUCUCUCUGGUUGGAAGCCAGAAGAAUGUACCGCUAUUGGAAACGAACUUCUAACAUGGAAAGAGAAAGGCUUUUUAGAAAGAGAAGGUAUUUUCUUGUCUACAGGGUUUGAUUUGCUCAAUGUAAGAGCACUUCCUAACAUCCUUACCUAUUCUAAAGGCAGUGAAGAUGGUCAGACAAUUUGGGCAUUAAGGCUUAAAGCUACUCUUGAUAGAUCUAGGAGGCUGACAGAAGAAUACUCUGAGGCAUUUCUUCAGAUGUUCCCUCAGAAAGUCCAGGUGUAA